AUGAAUGCGAUGGAGUAUGAGCUGAAGCGUGCUGACGUUUGGGCUGCUGAAGCUCAAAAUUCCGAUGAGAAAACUGCUCGCAAAUGUAGAUUAGCCAUAAGAAAGCAGCAGGUCUUAUUGGCAGCAUGUAUAUCGCUUCUCAUCAAUUUGGCGCACGACAUCAACGUAGAGCUGAAAAUGGUGCGACGUGACAUUGUGCCAAUGCUAAUGAAGUGCUUGACAUUUCGCGAUUCAGCCGAACUAACAUUAGCCACUGUGCAGUUUCUGCUCAAACUGAGCAUAUUUGAAGAGAACAAGGUGGCACUG